GCCUGUGUGGCUGCCGGGGCCAUGGCGAGGUCGGGCGCCCCGCGGCCGUGCAAGGUAUUGUCUUCUGGAAGACUAACAGGAGCUGCUAAAUUAACAAAUGGAAGAAAACAGUAAGACCUUAAUCACGAAUACUACCUAAGAUCAAGUGUACAUGUUUGGCUUAAGAAAAGGCUAUCACUCUGAUGCGGAGUCUGGGUACUCUCUCUAUUCAACUGACUCUGAAGAUCAGGUUGAUGCUAUUCACAAUGGACUUGACCGUUGUGCAGCUUUACUCCAGAAUAUUUUACAAAAUGAGGCUACAGGAAGAGAGACUAUUCAUAAACAACCUGGGAGAACCACUGUUAAAACUAUUUCCAAGCCUUUGAUAACCAAAGGAAAUACUUCCAAGAAGAAAGGGUUGAAAAAAAAUGUUGCCACUACACAUGUGCGAAAAGAAAUCAUGCCGAUAUCAAAUAGAAAGUGUGCCUCAUCCACCACACCUUCUGCUGGGAAGGAACUUCCCAGUGCAGCACAGAAUCAACUGGUUCAACCAAUUCAUGUGCCUUGCAGUCAACAUACGCCUGUGAUGCAUCAGAGAUUAUGUGAGCAUGUGCAAACUCAGAUGGCUCUGGUAACUGGCCAACCAUCACAGAGCAGUGAUGAAAUUCCUACUGUAACUCCUUAUUCUGCUUCAAAUCUUGGUUGUCAAAAUGUUACAGCUCUUAAUUACCAGUUGUCUACCUCCACACCAGCUUCAUCCCUGCAGCAUUCAGCUAAUCCUUUAUCUACUCAGUCUAAUGUUCCUGCAGACAAUAGCAAUGAAUGUGUGCCCCAGAUGGGUGGAACUGUGGUUUGCCCAGUAGUUUCUGCUCCUGCUACCACUGCUGCACAGAUACAGUCUACAACUGCUCUUCCUGGUAUGAUGCCUUGUAUAGUAUCAGGUGCAUCAAGUAACUCUACAAUGCCUACGUUCGUUCCAUCGUCUUCUGGCAAGGACACCAUCCCAAACCAAGAGCAACAAAUGAAAGAAGCAGAUUUGAUAAGAUGUAUACAAGCUCACCUGGCCUUGUUACAGCCACAUGAAAUGAACAGCAGUACCGAACAAAAGCAUCAUCAUCAAUGUCCAGCACAACGUAACAUCUCAAGUAAUAAGGAAGAGGACACUUCCGAAGAACACAGUGAGGACACAGUCAGCGAAGAGGAGGAACUGAAUGCACUUGACAUAGCCCCAGUGAGAGAUACAAGCUAUCAGACAAGUUUUGUCAAGAAAGUUCUAAAACCUAAAAGAGAAAGUCCAGAAAAAACAGCCCAUAAAGUUAGAACAGUAAAAUAUCUCUUGGGAGAGCUCAGAGCACUGGUAGCAGACCAAGAUGAUUCAGAAAUGUUAAGAUUGAUGAGUGAAAUAGAAACCUCAGUAUCAUUGCUCCCAGCUGUAGUGGGAAGUACGAAUAUACAAACUGAAAUAGCACUAGCUCUGCAGCCUCUCAGAAGUGAAAAUGCCCAGCUGCGUAGGAGGCUAAGAAUAUUAAACCAGCAACUCAGGGAACGAGAAAGAAAUGAGAAGACAUCUGGACAGAACUGCAACUAUGAAUUAGUUUCUCUGCAGUCUCUGAAUAUGAUGCUCCAGAGCCAGUUGAAAGAAUCACUAAAAGGCCUUGAGUCACUGCAGGCUAAAAAUGAAGAACUAUUUAAAAUAAUAGAAAGUCAGAAAGAAGAAAAUAAACAUGUUGCCAAAAGUAUUGAAGAUAAAGAUAAAGAAUUGCUUGAAAACAAACAACAAUACGACAUUCAUGCCACCAAGCUCAAGAUUGAAGUGGAAGAGGCACUAGCAAACGUGAAGAGCCUUCAGUUUAAGCUGGAAGCUUCAGAGAAAGAAAAUCAAAUUUUGGGCAUAACAUUACGUCAGCGUGAUGCAGAAGUUAACAGACUACGUGAGUUAACCAGAACCUUGCAGGGCAGUAUGGCCAAGCUUCUGUCUGAUCUCACAGUAGACAAUAUCAGACCUAAACCUGAAAAAGGUCUCUCGAAGUCUCUUUUGGAAGACUAUGAGAAACAGAUGCAGUCUGAUCCAUUUCCUGUGAGUACGUCAGUAAUGACUUACCUUAAAAAAUUAGAGACUGAUCCUAUUUUGACAGAUACAGAAACUAAGUUCUCAAACAAAAGUGAGGAAUUAGAAGUGCUAAAUCUGGCCUACGGAAAGUUUGCUGCUGAAGGAACUAAAAUAAACAGCACAUUUUCAGAAGACAAAACUACAACUCCAAGAAUUCUACCAGCCUUUCUGAAACAAGAUAGAGAAACAGUUGGUGUUUCUGAGACUUUACUAGAUGACCAAAACAAACUGGAUGAGACUAUUUAUAUUCCGUUAACUAGCAGUGCCUCUAAAAAACAGCUGCCAGUCUCUGAGAGAACUAGUGUGCAACCUAAAAUCAGAGGGGCUUGUAAGAUGUUGGACUUCAACUAUGAACUGUCAAAUUCUGAGAAGCAAAAUGGAUGUGACGUGUCAAAGGACCCCACUGUUUUGGAUAAACUAAGUGCUGGAUACAGUUUGAAGAAGACCACAGAAAACACGCUUGAAGCUACAGGGGAUGCAGUGAAGCUGGAAGGAGAGAAAGUCCAAAUAAGGCCAGAAGACAUUCUAAGUAGAGCUGCAAAAGGCAUUACUGACAAACCAGACCAACCUCAGCUUGGUAUAUACCCUCGUAUUCCAGUGCUCUUUCACAAAGAGAAUUCUCAGAAAAACGGCGGUGAAAUAUCUGAUGUUAGUUUUGUUUCAUUUGAUGAUAUGUCAGGGAAGUCUGAAUGGAGUGCAUCUUCUUUUUCAACAUUUACCUCUCGAGAUGAAGAGGACUUUAAGAAUGGCUUAGCAGCGUUGGAUGCCAACAUAGCUAGGUUACAAAGAACUCUGCAAAACAGCAUUAUGAAACAAUGAAUAUGAGGAAACAAAAUGGUCUGUACUUGUUUGGGUAAUUUGGGUUUUUCUAAAGUAUAUUAAUAAGUAUGGUACUGAUCUUAAUAUUUGUAUUUUUAUAUGAAAUGAGUAGCUCCUAGCUGUAUAAAUUAUGAAUGGAAUUUGUUCCUCAUUAAGUUAUGGUGCUGCUUCCCUUGGUAUUCCCUUCAAUAACUGGUAAAAAUGCCUUUAUCUAAAUUAAUGACUUAGCUUUGUACUCUUAAUUGCAAAACUAAUUCUUGGCACAGCAUUUGAUAACUUUUUAAGAAACUGAUGUGCCGUUGGCAAUACAGUUUUUCUAUUAAAUGAUGA